CGUGUACAGAAGAGUGGCUCAUUACAUUUUGUUCUAGGACGAUGUGUAGAACUACUGUGUCCAAGCUUCACUUGCGAUCAUUGCAUCAAGUUGUAACUAGACUAGUUCCACGAAAUGUAUUCCAGGGGUCAGAUUGGACCGUUUAUAAUAAAAGAACCUUUGUGUGUGUCUAAGUGAACACGGCAAGUCAAGUAUUACUGCGAUUAAUAUUAUUUCAUAACUACAACAUAAUUUGUGUAGAAUCUCUUGAGAUGAAUUAGUGUUCUAGUCAAUGUACUUGUAAUAUAGUGAAUAGGCGAUAACAGAGCCAGCAGUACAAUGUCAACAAAAUAGACCAUUUGGACUCGUCAUGGUGAACAAUGAAGCCAAACUUGAGGACUGUGUAUUCUACAGUGUUCAUUCUUGCCAUCUUCUUUGUCUUAUCAUUAGAACAGAAUAUCUCAUCACUAGACCUAGGCCAAAACAUCACUCAAAUUACGUAUGAUGUAUCCUAUAAUGUUUACAUUGGUGGCUACAAUUUCAUCGCUAAACUAUCCUCUAAAUUUAAGCUGGUUUCUUCAAAAGUUUCCAUCGGUCCAGUCUUUGAAGACUGGAACUGCCCAGAUGGUUCAGCGCCUUGUGAUAACAUUGUGCAGACUUUACAAGUUCUUCAGGAGAUCCAAAUGCUUUUAGUUUGUGGUUCAGCUUUUAAUGGUACUUGCACAUUACAUCGCUUGACUGACCUGACUAAUUGGUCAUGUUUGAUCACUGAUCCCAUUACAUCUGGAGGUCUUGCCACGUCUGUUAGCCAAGUAACUUCCAUACAGUGGCUCGGUGUAGCAUCAAGCAACCAUCUAGAUACAAUGAACAUAAAGGAACAUUGCCGACCAGAUAACUUUAUUGACAAUAGAGACUGGUCAAGUCAGGACCAUGAAUUGAGUUUAGACCAAACUAACUCUACCAAUGAUAGUUACACUAUUUUUAAACUAAUGGUCGCUCAAUUUGGUCAUCCUGAAUAUUUUGUUGUUUCAGUCAGACAUAUUAUUUCUAGUUUUUCUCAUUAUUUGAUGAAGUAUGAGACUGACAGACAAUCCAUUCCCAGAAUCCUUCAAAUCAAUACAACAUACAGGACAGAACAGACAUUUGCUUUCACGGAGACGAACUGGACUUUUUAUAUUCUUGUUGGACAAGAUACAAGUAUGCGCACUGAUGUUACCAAGCUCAUUCGGCUGUCCAAUGACAUGGUGCAAGUGGUAGAAGUCACACUAACAUGUAUACAUAAUAAGACGACAUAUCCUACGUUAACUUCUGCUGUUAUUGCCAAUAUGGGCGUGUUGAUCAACACUAAGUUGAAUGCCGGGCCAGUUCUUAUAGCAUCUUUUACCAGAGCAACCAGUGUCCCCACACCUACCAGGCAUGUUCUUUGUGUCUUUUCAAUCUAUGACAUCAAUAUUAAAAUAACACAAGAAUUAUCUAUAGAGGUAGAACCGAUUGAAGAGACGGCUGUGUUGCCUUUACACAGACAUGUUAAUCGAAUAUUUACAUUCUCUACAUCCCAAGAGAAACAACCAACAGAUACCCUGGAUGUCUUUCUAGUUGAUGAUACAUUUGCUAUUUAUAAGGUUGGACUUAAAGUAAUCUUUAGACAAACUCGACACAUGUUUGAGAAUACCUCAAUUGUUAGCCAUGUUUCGAAACUAGAUACUACCGUUGGUCACUGGAAAGAUGUGACGGCAGGAGUCGUUGAUCAAUCAAAGGCCCUACUAUAUAUAUCUAUUGGAACAAAGGUCUUGAAACUCAGUUUUGACUUUUGUCGUCAGUUUGACAAUUGCCAGGAGUGUAAUGAAAACGCAUGCCUCUGGUGUCCUGAUGAAAAGUUGUGUUUUGAUACACGUCAUGGUGCUCUGUCGUGUAACUGGACAACUGAAUACAUUUGUAAACCAUCAAUUACAUCUAUUCGACCAAGUGAAGUACCUAUACAAGGAGGGACAUUGCUGUCUAUUCACGGGACAGGCUUUGGAAUCAACUCAUCAAGAGUUUCUGUCACAAUUUGUAACCAAAGCUGUGAUGAAGCUGUUUUGAAAAACAAAGCGAUAACUUGUAGAGUCCCGGCGAGAUCUGUGUGUGACCAUUGCAAUGAAACUUGUGAGGUUCAGUUCAUUCAAUAUGAUGACCAAUACAACCAAACAAAAUAUACAUCCGAGAGUAAUGAUAUGGUCAAGAUUAUUUACGUAUCUCCACAGAUUCAAUCUUUCAGUCCACACUUUGGACCUGUGUCUGGUGGGUACUGGCUACAGUUCAAAGGUCAUCAUCUUUCAGCUGGUGACAAUACAAGUGUUCAAGUUAUUGGAAGAGAAUGUCUGAACAUUACAAGAAACAGUACUUACCUUCAAUGUUACAUCCCGGAAAAAAAGCAUCCGAAUGAGCCAAAAGGAAAUAUCACCAUUCAAAUAGACGGCUUUGUACAAACCAAAGGAUUUAAAUUUAAACCAGACCCAAUAGUUAAAGCAGUUCACCCAGCAUCAACUCUGAUGAGCGGAGGAAGUAAUGUCAACAUAUUAGGAAGUCAUUUGAACAGCAUCCAAUGUCCACGUCUGUCUAUAACAGUCAACGAUGUGAACACUAACAACAGUUUUAUGUCUGUAGAGCGGUGUAAUACUCCAACCAGUUCAGAACAUGUGGAAUGUAAAACUCCUUCCAUUAAGUCAGAGGCCAUUAAAUAUUUGGAAGAGAAAGAAUUUCUCUAUGGUACAGUUUCAAUCUACACAGAUACUAAACAUUUUGAGCUGAAAGAAUCACAAAUUAAAAUCUACAGGGAUCCAGAGUUCAAUUACACUAAAUAUACUUCAGAACAGUUACAAAAAACAAAGGAAUUAAAAAUACAGGGUAAAUAUAUUCCAACUUGGCCCAUUCCCAUCACUGUUUCCAUUGGCAGCAGGCAGUGCAAGGUGAAGCAAGUGAGCAAUGAUUCUCUCGAGUGUAGUCUGCUUCACCUGGACGAGUUCAAGCUGAGAGACAAAACUGAAUGGCCUUUGGAGGAUGUCACACUUCACACAACAAAGAGGACAAAUGACAUGAACACUAUCAACAUGACAUCUAAUGCAAACAUUAGCACAAGUUCAUCGGAAGACAUGGAACUGCAGUGGCCUGUCAUUGUCCAGAUAGGCAAUUACAGGGAGACAGUUGGUCACGUGGUCCAAGAUGGGCUUGAGCAACAGGCUUCAAGAGCAGUGAUCAAUGUUCCACUUUUGUCUGGACUACUUGCUGGACUUGUCUUAUUAGUUGUCCUUAUAGUCAGUAUUAAUUGUAUUAUUCAUUAUAGACGGAAACAAUUCAGAAAACGCCCUGUCUAUAUCUAUGGAUCUAAAGUUGAUCUGUGCAUGCAGCCAUUGAAAACAAUUUUAAGUUCAAUAGUUGAUCAAGUAAAAACAGAAGAUCUAGAGACAUUAAUAAUUACUUUGGACAAACUGACCUUCGGGAAACCACUUGGCUCAGGUAAUUUUGGAUGCGUCUACGAAGGGAUGCUGCAAAUUUCAUCUGACAAGGAACCCAUGAAAGUGGCUGUUAAAACAGUCAAAGACCCACAGACUCAUAACAUUGACCUAGCAGCAUUCAUUCAAGAAGCUUUAAUUAUGAAAGACUUUGAGCACCCAAAUGUUUUGGAACUAAUAGGUCUUGGAGAGAAAGAACCAGGCAUUCCCUACGUCAUACUUCCGUAUAUGGAAAAUGGAGAUUUGUUGACCUAUAUACGUAAUACAACCGUUAAUUUAAGUCUCCAUGAAGUGCUCAAGUUUGGUGCGGACAUCGCAAGUGGUAUGGCUUACUUGAGUUCACUUAAGUUUGUGCAUAGAGAUCUGGCAGCUAGAAACUGUAUGUUAGACAGCACCUAUACAGUUAAAGUGGCAGACUUUGGUCUAUGUCGUGAUAUCUAUGAGAAAGGUUAUUACAGCAGUGACAAUAAGAAAAUGUUGCCUAUUCGAUGGAUGGCUAUUGAAAGUAUAGAACAUGGAUCUUAUACUACAAAGUCCGAUGUGUGGUCAUUUGGUAUUGUAUUGUGGGAGCUACUGACUAGAGGUCUGACUCCAUAUCCUGGAAUUGAUGGAUGGGACAUACUUAAUUUUUUACGCCAGCGCAGACUUGCUAGACCUCACUUCUGUCCACCAGUGCUAUAUAAAUAUAUGACAAUGUGCUGGUCCUACAAACCAGAGGUCAGGCCGACAUUUACAUCCUUAGCUUUUGACCUGUAUGCCUUGAUAGGCUAUGAGCAAAAAUCUUUAGCAAGUCCUUCCAAUGCAUCUGAAAAAGGUGUCCCUAAUUUUAAAACAGCCCUUCAGCGGAACGUAGCAGAUCAACCAACAUCACCAUAUGAGACACUUAUACAGCCUAAUGAAACCAAGACACUGUCACAAUCUGAUGAAACCAAGACAGUGCAGACAGAUCAUUAUUAUGCUUUAUUAGAAGCUCCUGGUACAAUCUCUAAUGUGCUAAUAGUAGCCCCAACAUGUUAUACCUUAGUACAGACUCGCCUAUUUCCUGACUUAAAUGAUCAUCAGAGCCUACAAGGUGACCAAAGCUAUAUCCAGGUGUUAGAUCACUAUGAUCCCAUUCAACACAAAGCUUAAGAUAGCACUCAAGCCCAGCAAUAUGUUUACAUGUAAAAUGUAUCUAUCAAAUGAUUGGCAAUAUGUUUACAUGUAGCUUGUAUCUAUCACAUGGCUAGUAAUAUGCUUACAUGUAGAUUGUAUCUAUCAGAUGACUAGCAAUAUGUUUACAUGUAGCUUGUAUCUAUCAGAUGACUAGCAAUAUGUUUACAUGUAGAUUGUAUCUAUCAGAAGACUAGCAAUAUGUUUACAUGUAGAUUGUAUCUAUCAGAUGACUAGCAAUAUGUUUACAUGUAGAUUGUAUCUAUCAGAAGACUAGCAAUAUGUUUACAUGUAGAUUGUAUCUAUCAGAUGACUAGCAAUAUGUUUACAUGUAGAUUGUAUCUAUCAGAUGACUAGCAAUAUGUUUACAUGUAGAUUGUAUCUAUCAGAAGACUAGCAAUAUGUUUACAUGUAGAUUGUAUCUAUCAGAUGACUAGCAAUAUGUUUACAUGUAGAUUGUAUCUAUCAGAUGACUAGCAAUAUGUUUACAUGUAGAUUGUAUCUAUCAGAAGACUAGCAAUAUGUUUACAUGUAGAUUGUAUCUAUCAGAAGACUAGCAAUAUGUCCAAGUGUAAGAGUAUUAAAAGACUUCAAUAAAUACUAACUAAUGUU